AUGGCAGGGUGCGAGUCAGGACAGCCGUCAUUCCUGAGGGCCAGAAGCAACCACCCGUCGUUGCAGAGGGCAUGGCUGCUGAAUGGAGCAGGAGCAUUGGUCGUCGCAGCCCCCAGAGCCGGGUCCGGGUCAGGAUGGCUGUCAUUCCUGAAAGCCAAGAAGCAACCACCCAUUGUUGCAGAGAGCAUGGCUGCCGAAUGGAGCAGCAGCACUGGUCUUCGUAGCCCCCAGAGCUGGGUCCGGGUCAGGGCAGGCGUCACUCCUGAGGGCCUGAAGAUCAUGGCCUCUCACCUGCCCUUCCCUCUGGGCCAGCAGGGGCAGAUGACCUGGCUGCUUUGCCACCCCUGGAUAACCGUGUGGCUGCUCUCUAUGGCUGGGACUGCCCUUGGCCUCUGGAGAAAUGUGAGGAGACACAAGGGACAGGGAAGGAGACAGACGGCCUCGUCUUUCAUGGCAACAGGCUACUGGAAAAAGAGAAGCUUGAGAUAUUACAGAUUGCUCUGCCGGCUGAAGACCGCCAAUGGAGUGAUGCUCAGGUGCCUGCGGCGUGUCUCCGACCAACGCCAGAAAGUGAUUGAGUACAAGCACUUGAAGGAGAAGGCACGAGUAAACGAUAAGAAGCGGAGCGCCUGCCCUAGCUCCCCAUGCAACUCCAGCCAGCAUGUGUCCCAGCCGAUUGACAACAUUAAAGGCAGUGGACCUCCAAGGCUGGUGUGA